GUGAUAAUGUUCCAACUACCGUCAAUCUCAGUGGAUGAAUACCAAGUCCCCUCGCUUCAGUCUCUCUCUCUCUCUAUCUCUCUUUAACCGUACCGAUCUCACUCCAGUCUCGAUGUCUGUCCGAACCCAAUACCGAUUUCACUUACAGAUUCCGGCGAGCUUUUCACAUUCCGGCCAUUUGUCGGCUAAAAUCAGAGAAUGAUGGAUACUGGAGAUACAUACCACUCUAUCAAGCUGCACUUCGAGGAGAUUGGGCGAGCGCCCAAAGAUUCUUCGAGGAAGAUGAAGGCGCUCUUACAGCGAAGAUCAAAAGUUUUGGAGAAACAACACUUCACAUAGUAGUUGGGGCUGGAAGAUCAACCAGCACAAUCGAUUUCGUAAGGAAUUUGGUGGAUAAGACGCCACCGGAGGCACUGGAAAUUGUUAACGAUUUCAAUCGCACCGCCCUUUUCAAUGCUGCCUGGAUGGGAAACAAGGAAGUCGUAAAAAUCCUUUGGCAAAAACGACCGUCGUUGGUAUACAUCAGGGAUAAAUAUGGCUAUUCUCCGCUUGACAUGGCUGCUUCAAAUGCUAUGAAGGACACCCUUUUAUAUUUAUUGGACGUCACCAAGAAUGAUCCUUUUUCUAAGCUCUUCCCCGUUGAGGAUUCUGCUGCGCUUUUGCUCAUUUCCGUAAUUACAUCCGGAUAUUAUGAUAUAGCUUUGUAUUUGGUCGAAAAAUAUCCGGGUUUAGCUGUCUCAAAACGAAAAUCUGGUGAUUGUGGAUUGAAAGGAUUAGCAAGAAAGUUUUCUGCAUUCAAGAGUGGCAAUCGCCAUCAAUGGUGGCAACGCGUAAUCUAUGAUCAUGUUCCUGUGAAGUUGAAUGAUUUCACAAUAAGCCGAAGUAGAAGUGAUAUUGAGAACGCAGUUGACGACCCUCAAGUUACGGGACAUAAAUACAAUUGGGCUGCUGCCAGACUUUUGGUGGAAUACUUCUGCAUUACCGUGCCUUGUAUUAAACACAUCCAAGAGCAAAAGGAGAUGCAUCUUCAAGCUCUUAAAUUGCUCAAACGUUUGUGUGAGCGAGUUAGAUCGCUAAAUGACUCAAACACUUACGACUCACAUGUAAGAGAUGCAAUCAAUAGUGCAGCAAAGCUAGGGAUUCACGAGGUUAUAGAAGAAAUUGUGGAAUCAUUUCCCAUUUCUGUUUGGGCUAGGGACAAGGAAGGACGGAACUUGUUUCAAAGGGCAAUUAUAGAACGUCAUGCGAAUGUUUUCAACUUGAUAUAUCAGAUGGGAGAUUAUCGACGCGUUAUAGUGUACAUGAAAGAUGGUUCUGGAAGCAACCUCCUGCACUUGGCCGGAGGACUAGCACCUCCAAACAAACUUAACCUAGUUUCUGGUGCAGCUCUGCAAAUGCAACGUGAGUUACAGUGGUUUCAGGAGGUAAAGACGUUUGCAAAUCCCGAAGAUAUAGAUUGGCAAAAUAAUCAUAAUGAAACUCCUGCAAUGAUAUUUACUCGAGAACAUAAGAAAUUAGUAGCCGAAGGAGAAACAUGGAUGAAAGACACAGCAAACUCAUGCACAAUUCCGUCAGCAUUGAUUGUCACUAUGGUAUUUGCGGCUGCAAUCACCGUUCCGAGCGGGAUUAAUGACACUGGCCUACCGAUUUUCUCCAAAAAAGCGGCAUUUAAGAUCUUUGUUAUCUCCGAUGCAGUCUCGCUAUUCGCAUCAAUCACUUCUUUGUUGGUAGUCUUGUCCAUCCUCACUUCGCGCUAUGCUGAGGGUGAUUUUCUCUUUGUUCUUCCCAAUAGGCUGAUAAUUGGUUUGGCUACCCUUUUCCUCUCCAUUACAGCAAUGGUGAUAGCCUUCAGUUCUGCACUCUAUCUUCUGUUUGGGAACAAUGAUAGGGUGUGGAUACUUUAUCCAGUGGUUGCAUUAGCAUUUAUACCAAUCUUUUCUUUCACCUCCCUACAGUUCCCCCUCCUUCGAGAUCUCAUGGUGUCAACAUAUCGCCCUCGAAUUUUCGGCAAACAAAGUAAUCGUGCGUUUUAUUGAGACGGGAAGUUAGGGCCUGUAUCAGUUCUUGGAAGCAUGCAUGUGAAAAACAAUGUCUGUAAUUAUAGGCUAAUGUAAAUGAUUGUCCUAAAUUAAUCUCUCUUGAAGAGAAUCGGUAUAUUGACUUUUAA